AUGGCGACACCUGGCUGGCUGUGCCACUCUUCGGCACACCCAAGGUCUGUAUGCAAAUCCCCUAUUAAAUGUGAUAUCUAUGAAGGGUGGGGCCAUGUAACAGCCACAUGUCAUGGGAAUUGGAAGAAGCUGCAAGCGAGUGUGAAAGGGAAAAAGCUAGAUAACUUUUCUAAGGAUUUCGGACCUGGCCUUGAUUGCUCUCACUGGUUCAAGACGGCAAUCCGUGAAGUAGUGACAGAUUUCUUGACCAACGAGCAGAAUGUAGUCUUCAUAGAUAUGCAGCCCACUCAUCUCGGUCAGGCCUACGUUAGGUUCAGAAAUGCUUUUGAUAGAGAUUGGCUUAUUAAUCAUGGUCCUUAUAUCUUUGGUGAUGUCAUAGUCACUUUUGUUGAGCACAAGGGUAGAAACUGGCGUGCUAUCAACUUUAAUAGGGAGUGCUGGUUGCUGUUGAUGGGAUUUCCACCAGGUUACAGAGAGGAUGAAUUUGUUGCUAACACAAUCAAUACAUUUGGUAGAGUGCUUUAUUGGGUUGAUGAUGGCAGGCACCUUUCUAGGCUCUUAGAAAUGAUUGUGGAUCCAGUGCUUAUAGGCCCACAACACCAUGAGAUGCAUUUUGAUAUUAAUGAGUUCCUUAAUCAAGUUAAUGUGGAAGAAGAGGACAAUCAAGUGGAACAGGAGGUCCCAACUGUGGAUCAAGGUGUUAUUGAACCAGCACUGGUCCCACCGGCUGUUGAAGUCAACAUCCCUAUGAAUGUUGGUUUCUCCCUACCCAUCAAUUGUCCAAGCAAAAUCCCUCUCACCUGCAAGUUAUCUCCUGUGACUGAAGCUAAAGAUGCAAAGAUAGAUGCUAAAGAUGCCCCUCCUAUGGACAGUGAUGAAUCAGUUGCUCCUGCUGCUGGGCUAGAUCCCACCACUAAAGUUGUCACCAAGAAAAAUAGAAAGAGAGCAGCUGCUUUGGUUGAAACUCAAGUGAGAAUGAGUCCUAGGGUUCAAAAGAACAAGCAAGGCCUCAAAGACCCUGUCUGCAAGGACAAGAGCUACCUAGGAUGCAAUUCUACACCACCGCCAAUCUCCACAAAGACCAUUAGGAAGCUAAGUGCCUCCCUCUAUGACAUUGAGGCAUCCCAAGUAACUAACCUGGUCCUCAACAAGAAGAAAGGUGUAGCACCUAUUGGUACUGUGCCUCCCAAGAAGAAGAACAAGGAAGUCAAUGAUGAGUCCAAUGAAGAAGCUAAAGUUUGA